GUUAAACAGUCUGUAGCCUAACUGUAGGUUGUUAGGAUCAGCUCGUGUGCUGUAUAGAUAAUGAUCAAGUUAGGUUGUUGUAGAUAAAAUCCUAACUGAAUUGUAUCUAUCUUGUACCCUGCCUGAGUAUAAAUGGAAGGCAAGGCCUGACGCAUAAGUCACGGCAAUUCAUUACUUCUGACUUGGUAUUAGAGCGAUAAGAUCCUCUCCCAUCGAUCUCUCCCUCCCCGCCGCCGCCAUGUCAGGCCCUGCCGCCAUCAACUCCACCUCCGGUGCCCUCACCUCUCCCAAUGCCCGCGUCCUCGCCACCGCUGCUAGCUCCUCCGCUCCUGUCUCGAUCUCCUCGAUCGGCAAUCUCAUCACGAUCCGUCUCACAAGGGACAACUUUCUCCUCUGGAAGACGCAGGUUGUCCCGGCGCUCCACUCCCAUGGCCUCUUCGGCUACGUCGAUGGCUUGGAGCAGCCGCCGUCCUACACCAUCACCACCGGCGCCGGCGCCGAUGCCAAGGAGGAGGCAAACCCGCUCUUCCUUCAGUGGUACCAGCGAGACCAGUUGGUGCUCAUUGCACUGCUGGGCUCCAUGACGGAGGAUGUGCUCGGUCAGAUGACGCUCAUGACCACCUCCGCCGCCGUCUGGGCGGCCCUCCAUGACAUGUUCUCCUCGCAGAACAAGGCGCGUCUCAUGCAGAUGCGUUUUCGGCUGUCGAACCUGAAGAAGAAGGACCUCACCGCCACUGAAUACUUCAACAAGAUGAAGGGCUUUGCUGAUGCUAUGGCGUCCAUUGGCAAGCCUCUUGGCGAUGACGAGAUCCUCGGCUACAUGCUGGCCGGUCUUGGGUCUGAAUUUGAACCUCUGGUGGCCUCCAUCACCGCUCGCGAGGAGCCGAUCAGCCUUGGCAGCUUCUACGCGUUCCUCGUCAGCGCCGAGCUCCGCAUGGAACAGCAGGCGUCCGUGGGCGAGCUCCACUCCUCCGCCAACUCUGCAGCAUGCAACUCUGAUGGCCAGCGCAAUGGCGGGCGCGGCGGCCACGGAGGUCAAGCUGGAGGCCAAGGCGGCAAGGCUGACAAGGCCGUGGCCGUGGCCAGGGGCGUGGUCGCGGCAAGUACAUCAAGUGUCAGGUGUGCUCCAAGUUUGGCCAUGAUGCUCUGCACUGCAGGAACCGCUUCAACCAUGCCUAUCAGCCUGAAGACAACCGUGAGCGUUCCGGCAACGCCGUGCACUCCGGCGGCGUCGAGUAUCCGAGCUGGUACAUGGACUCGGGCGCCACCGAUCAUCUGACCGGCGACCUCGACAGGCUCACCAUCCAGGAGCGCUACCACGGCAAAGAUCAAGUGCAAGUCGCCAAUGGUGCAAGACCGGGCAACGAGGGCGGUUCUUCUUCAAGGUAGAUGUCGUGGCGGUCUCUACCCGGUGCCAAGCCUCAGGUCGUCCGUGUCCAGUCGUCGAGCGCUCUCCAGCAUGAAGCUUUUUCAUGAUCUUUGGCAUCGACGCUUAGGUCAUCCUAGCAAAAGUGUCGUCGAGUCCGUUCUUAGGUUAAAUAAAUUUGCUUGUGCACCGUCUGUCGAAUCUAGUGUCUGUGAUGCGUGUCAACGUGCUAAAGUCCAUCAAUUGCCUUUUAAGGAUUCUACUCAUGUAA